GUCGGUUCCUGCUUUCCCGCUUUCUCACCUGAUGAAGAAGACCCACCCUCAUUCAUCGAGCGACUGUCACGCUUCCCACAUUCUCAGUCGAAGCUCACAAUCCAACUUCACUCGACUUCGGAAAAAGCACAACCCACACAUACAUACAUUACACCAGCCACACCAUGUCUUCUAAACUUCUCAAGCUCUCUGAUAUGCUCAAGGGACCCUCGGAUCACUCUAGUAGUAGGACCGCUAGCCUGUGCUCUUCGUCCUCUUGCGACGAAGAAACGCUGGUCUUUAUGUACGAACAAGUGGAAGAGAUGUCGCCCACGACUGCCGACCUUCCGGCUCUGUUGGACGAAGACAACUUUCGAACGCUACAACGAUCACUGCGCAGCCGAGGUUGUGUGACCAAUAACUACUUGCAACAGAAUUUGGCAAAGUACGUGAAGCACGUUCGAAUGCAGCAACGUCGCGUCGAAACACCGGUGGCAGGGUUUACUGCGGCGGCUUGAUUGCAUGAUUUUGAGUGGACCUGCGAAGGCUAUCUAUACAUCUAUCUACUGUAUUUUUGGGGGAUGAAAGAAUGCGCUGAAUACCGGUACGAACAAGACCAAAGGGGGUUUAUUGCAAGUUUAUAAUCCAUAGGAAUGUACUUUUUGACUUG